CAAGCCGGUCCCUACGACCAUGGCCGCGGCCGAGGUCUACUUUGAGCGACAGAAGAAGAAGCUCUGCCUAGUGCAUUCGCUCAACGCGCUACUGCAGCGCAGAGCGUUCACCAAGGCUGCGCUUGACCACAUAGCCAGCGAGCUGAAGCGCAAGGCCAAGGCACUUGACCUGCCGGCGGCGGCGCACAAAUCGAUGCUGGGAAACUACGAUGUGAACGUGCUCGAGGCCGCUCUGGCAGAGCAUGGGCUCGGCACAAUCUGGUGGGACUCGCGACGGGAGCUGGCGGUGCUGAUGGCAGGGGUGCCCGAGUCGCCGCGCGGCGGCGUCGUCCUCAACUUUCGCCGCAAGCGAGCGCUGUUUGGCUCGAGCCGCCACUGGAUCACUGUGACGGCCAUUGACGGUGUGUGGUACAACCUCGACUCCAAGAACAAGGUUCCGGUCGCGUUUAGCUCGUUUGGCGACGCUGUGCACUUUGUCGCCAGCACGGCGCUCUCCUGCGACGGCCACGUUCUCGUGGUCCAGCCUGCGGGCUCGGGGUCGGGGUCGUCGGCGUCAACAUCCUCAUCGACCUCGUCGUCCACCGAUGACGAAGAGCCGCAGACGCGCGCCCCGAGGAUUGACCCCUCGAGGCACAUGGUCGGGAGCCCGUACCCGCUGUGAGACGUGCAGCUUGAUGCUCUUGGCCGUCCCUGUCGGUCAUGAGCGGAUGUCCGCAGGCGGCGGCGGCGAGCCGUACGUGUCGUCGUCGUCAUACGAGUCAAAGUCGUUGUCGUGAAGCGAGGCAAGCGGAGCCUCGAGCGCUGGGUCGCGGUACUUGGAGGGCAGAUUCAAGACGGCUGGGGUGGCCGGACCGUCGUCCGAGUCCGAAUCAGACGAGUGGUCGAUGGCAGCGCCGUUAAAGGUGGAGAGCGAGCGCAGAAUGGCGGCGUCGUCUUUGGACGGCUUGACGCCCGUGGCGGCCAGAAUGGAGACAGACCAUAUUCUGGCUUCCUCCCACGAGGUAAAUGCAAAGAC